AUCACAUGAUCAUUAGUCUAGCGGAAAUCAUAUCGGCUCAGCGCAGUCAGUGAAAAAUGAAAGGAGACGAGGCCGAGCGAGGGGCAAGUAUCAAGAAUUAUCUCCAAAAUGACUGCAACUGCAUUUAUGUUCAGAUGUUUGUUCCUUAUUUCUACUAUCACAGUUGGUGUAAAAUGUGAUGAUCAGAUUAGAAAUGUAACAAUCACCUACAACGAUGGCUGCGACAUCCCAGAAUGUAAGGGUGGCAAUGGCACCUUCUACAAUCUUAUACACUUCCAGGCGAAAGGUCCUACAGACACGAUACACCAUGUCUGGUGUUCUAUCGGAUCGCCAAGUCUGCUGGUUGCAAGAACAACGAAAACAGCAACGAUGAAAGUAGAUUGGAAGAAUGCUAUCGCCAGGAAAGGAGGAGCAAUCACUUUCACCCCCAAAGAAGAUGUGCUUUCAGUCUCGGCAUUUGUCAUGUCAAGGUUAUUGGAGUACGAUGAUGAAAAGGACACAGCAGACAUCACCAAGGUCAACGUGACCCGGACAGUAGACAUAUCUGAUCUGAUGUGGUCAAAUGUUACCAUUAAUAGCACUGAAAAGAGCGCCCUCUUUAAGACAGUGCCAGGCAUGGAGCCAGCAGCUGAUAAUGGAUCACUAACUUUGAAGGUUCAAAGCCUUGGCGCUGAAGGCAGAAGCAAGAAUCUACCUCAUCUACAACAUAUGCCAAACACCACUGAAUUUUCGCUGAUCCUUGAUAACCUACAAAUGAACUACAUGAAGCCUAGGUUUGCAUUGGAGAUGCUCAUCGUGAGGGAUCAGCAAACUUCCAAGAAAUCGGGCAUCACUCUCGAAGAUAAACCCAGCAUAGAUGACGAGUACACACCAGCUGUUUUUAAAACCUACCAAGUUUUAUUAAAUGGAACAAGUAAAUCUGACAGAGGUAGCUUUAUGCAGUGGAAACCUAUUGCUUACACCAGUGCUGACCGAAAUACAGAAGCUUCAAGCCCCAUCAAAACCUAUGCAGUAAAUUUCACCAAUCACUAUAUGAGCAGUUACAGCAUAGCACAUGCUUAUUUUGGUAACCUGUCUGACUACGAUUUAGGCAGCUUCAACAUAUCAUUCGGUAUUGGCAAAGAUGGUUUUUACAAUGCCACCAAAUAUUAUGCAUGGAACAGUGUGACAGGAUACGGGACCCCACCUAGCGACGGUCUAUCAAUCCUCAUCAUCUCCAUCAUCUCAGUGGGGCUUGGCAUCCCUGUCAUUCUCAUUAUAUUUGGAGGAGUCAUCGUCGCAUGCCAGAAGAGAAUAGCCCUCCGGAAAGCAAACUCCUUGACCAAGUAUACCUCGAUAAAUGGAUGAAAGUUUGUCCUAAAGUGUGUGUGCAUAUUAAAGGGGCUUUCUUUUUUGUUAUUAUUUAGAGCACAGUGAAUAUUUGGUAUGUUGAAUUGUACAGGCAAAUUUGCCAAGGUCAAUUUUUUGGGGAAUAUGGCAAUCUUUUCAACUAAGGAGAAUUACAACUUCAGUGAAAGAGAUUCGAGAUAAAUGAAAUUUUGAGAAGAAAUGGGCAAAGAAUGAUGAAUUUUGAAAAUGUGGAAAUCACUAUGCUGUUGAGACCCUCCUAUUGGCAAUGUGACCAAGAAUUGUGGUGUCACACAAGUACAACUCACUCCUUUGUACGCUUAAAAUAUUCCCCAAAACAUCUAUUUUUUUCUCAUUCUUUACUUAUGAUAGUAAACACUCUUUGUCCAUGAUAUAUUUUAUGAAACAUACUUUUUCGUCCUCCCAUGAAAAAAAAAUGUGAUCUAUGGAUAGACUUGAUAAAGGUGACAUAGUUAUACCACAAUUUCAGACCAGAGUUUGAAUGUAACUUGAAUUGAGAAUAUGGGCUGUUUAGUUUUGGUGACCCUAGAAGCAUGAUAAAAGUCAAUUGAACUUUCAUAUUUGGAUGUUAUAGAACAUGAUGGCAUGAACAAAAAUGUGAAAUUUGUUGCUUCCCAUAUGUAAAUCACAGAUCAUCACAGUCCCUAAUCAACAUGUGAAGUUGAAAAGAUGAAAUCAUUGAGAAUUCACAUGAUUGCCCUUUUGCCCUUUCAUAAUACACUCUUACCUUUUUAAAAAUAUGUUUACUUCUUUGCCAAAUGAUUAAUAUAAUAGUCAUUAUUAUGGAAUGUGAGUGUUUUUUGUUCUUAUUGUACUUGUACCGAAAUUUCACAAAAAAUAUUAUCGAAGAAUACAUGCACUAUAUUUUUAAUCCAUAUAGAAUGCAAUGGACCUAAAGGUAUGCUCUAAAUAAGCUUUUCUUCUUUUACAGGGAAAUGAGAAAGAUGAAUGUAUUUUUUGCAGAUCUAUGAGAAAUGUUUUCCUUUUGGUAAUGUCAUGCUUGUUGUACCAUUUCUUUGAUUUAAUUUGUGAAUUUAAUUCCCAAUUUUAUAGACUUGCUAGUCUUUCAGGUUAGAAAAGGGUUAAAAUAAUGCAAUUUAUGUAAUAUCUUGAUUAGAAAAAAAAUGUAAAUGCUAUGUGCUGCUAUUUUUCCAAGAUUAUAUGGUAUCUGCGGUAGUCACGUCAAGUACAUACAUGUAAAUGAAUUUGUUUAGUGAUUGUGCAUUUGUAGAGAGCUUUUUGGUAUUAUAUGUGUAUUAGUACUUUUAGGGUCUUUGUACAUGUACCUUAUGUUAUAUUUAUAAUAAAAAUGAAAUGCCUACAAAGACGUAUCUGCAUAGAGAGAAAGAAUCGCAGUACUGUAAUUUCUCUUUUGUUAAUUGAUUAUCAUUUACUAUUUUUAUUACCUAACAGAAAUCAGCAAUUUCUCUGAAACCCAAAUUGUAGAUAAAGGUGGAUUAAAUUUAGCUUUAAUUUGUGAAUAAGGAAUUUUAACUAAAAGCUCAAAAUACUGCAUAUUUUUUCAUGAGAAAUGUCUGUUUUUCAUUCAAGCUUUUUGAUAGUACAUCAACCACUUUUAAGAUCUUUGAAAGCAUAUAUGUACAUCUAGAAUUUAGGACUGUUUUAUAAAGGUUACCAUGGUAACAGGGACUAGCACUGAAUAAAAAUCAAUUUUUGUAUGGAAGCUAACCAAAUGGCAAUGUUAUGUGACAGUCCCUAUUAUUAAAAAGUUAAUAAUUUUCACAUAUUUUCACAUAUUUUCAUAACAUAUGUAAAUGUAGUUUAGAAAUAUUUAUAUGUAACAUUGUACUGUAGGUGGAACUUUACGGCAAUUUAUGCAGAUUUCUUAGUGAGGGUAUACUUUUUUUUUCACUAUUGUUUAAAAGGUAGUAUAAUGAAUGUGAAAGUUUGCAAAAGGUGCUAAAUUCAUGCCUUUCAUGAGACAUAGCAUUUUCUAGAAUUAUUAUUUCAUUCUUAUUAUUGCAAGUUUUAAAACUAGCAUGGGCAGCAAUCGAGGGGAUAGGGGGGUCCAAGAUGACAAGACGACCUCUCCAACUGGUUGCUAUAUGGAAUGAAACACCCCCCCCCCCCAGAUCAAAUUCAUGUUCAUGCUAUUCAUUGCGGUUUGGACCAUAAUAAUACAAAAUGAGUAAGAAUAGAGAUAAGACUUGGUGGAGACCAAAGUAGUGUGAAUGUGUUGGAAUUUGUCAGCAUUAAUUUAGGACUAUUUAUAUGAUUUUAUUUGAAAUUUAGCCUUAAUCUUAACUACUGUGUAAAUUCUAGCAUAAGAUGUUGGUGGACCUUAUUGUUAUAAAUUUGAAUGUCAACAAAUCAUGAAAUUCCAGGAAAUUAUGUGUAAAUCUUGCCAGUUUGUUUUGCCUAUGAUAGCCUGCAUCAU